AUGCCCUCCGACGAUGAAAGUGACGAUGACUAUAGACGAAUAUCGAGGACUCCCCCAAGUGAGACCUUCUCCCAUGAAGAAGAGCACUACCGGAGGCGUAGGCACAGAAGCCCAUUUCCUAGGGCCUUGGGAAACGAUGCCAUGAGCAAGGCAUUGGAUCAACUCUCCCAGUCGCCUUUUACGCAUCACAUAGAAGGGGUCAUACUUCCUCGACGGUUCCAGCAGCCAACCUUCCCCAUUUACGACGAUAAAACAGACCCUAUGGAGCAUGUGAGCCAGUUCAACCAAAGGAUGGCUGUCCAUUCUAGGAACGAGGCGUUGAUGUGCAAGGUUUUCUUGUCCAGCUUAGGACUAGUGGCGAUGAGGUGGUUUAAUGGUCUAAAGACAAACUCCAUAGAUUCGUACAGGCAGCUAACCCAAGUUUUUGGCUCACGCUUCGUUACGAACCGCAGAGCCCUUCGGCCUUUGAGUGCUUUGCUGUCGCUAUCCAUGCAUGACGGAGAAACCUUAAAGGCCUACUCAGAUAGAUAUUGGGAGAUGUACAAUGAGAUGAAAAACAAUUUCGAUGACGUUGCCAUUAUCACUUUCAAAAGUAGUCUCCUAGCCGAUCACGGUCUGAGGAAGUCUCUGACCGGCAAAUCCGCCACCAAUAUGCACCAACUGAUCCUCAGACCGGCAAAUCCGCCACCAAUAUGCACCAACUGA